GUGUGUAUUAAAUGCGGGUACAAUACUGAUAUAACAUAAGACGAUAAUCAAUUAUCAAGUUAUGUUAUUUUACGUUUCAAUGUUUAGACUCGUUUCCUAUUAUAUUAUCGGUAUCAUGGAUAUAGUGGAAAUUAAAUGAUUAAUAAAAUUAACAAAAUAAGGAUGGGACAGAAGACAAAUAUACUGGAAGUAUUCAAAUCAGGAAUUACCGAAUUUGUGGAGAUAAGUGUUAAACAGCACCAUGACAAAUUACUGGCACAACUUCCAGAUGUCGAACAAAGUGGUUUUACAACAUUGGCAUCCUGCUUCGAAUGUAAUAAGUAUAACCUUAAACCAAGACAUUCUAACAAUGUAUGUCCAUCACCGAUCAGUUGCCUCUGUAAAUAUAAGCAGAGAGAUAAAAGAGCUUGUCCUAAUUACAUAUGCGAUUUUAUAUGUGAAGGAAUCAUUGAGGACCAUAUGAAAUAUUCACCAAAUUUCAAAACAACAGAUAUAAGUCAAUGGACACAGAACUACUGGGAUAUAGCAAAAUGUUACAUGGAACAUAGCUCCGACUCAGCCGAGACAACAGAUAUUUUAGACCUUCUCCAUCUUAUCACAAAUAACAGAUUUUUACUUCAAAAAAUUCUCCAAAAUACAACAGAUCUCUCCAGCGAACAACUACAAAAACAAUUGGACAAGAUAAUCAAAAAAGGUCGACGAAUCAAACAUCCAGCAACUUCAUUUACGCCUGAUGAUUUAAAACAUAUGCACUUAAUUCUAUCACAAUUGGGAGGCCAAAAUGCAUUGCGAGCAAAGGCAAAGUUAGAGGAGAUAUCACCGGAGAUCGUCAAAUCUAAAGAGUUGGAAAAAAGCUGUAAUAAAAAAAAACUCCAAGGUUUUACUUAUAAAUACUUUAAAACUGCAGAAAAUGCCUUUGUCUGCUCUGCACAAAAAAGUACCAAGGCAGAUAAUUUCGAUUCGAGAUCAUUUGACCUGUCGUUUGAACAAACACUUCUUGUCGGAGACUCAGUGAAAAGUUUUGAAGAAUGUGAAAUUUCUGAAAGCAGCGUGGUCGACUUAAUUUACGGCACUAAAAGGUAUCGUUCAAUUUUUGUUGAAGACACGGAAACAAAUCAAAAGACUUCCAAUAAAUGGAGCAAUAAAGAAUGGCUGAUCUAUAAUAUACUGAAUAUCUAUUUCAAAAGAUCUUGUAAAGAUGGUGACGUUAGAAGUGGUUCUCCUCCUUUUCCUCAAAAAGAAAAAUACACCGGGUUAAUAUUAGUAUCCGAGGCUGUGUCAAAAAGAGAAAAUAUACCUUUCGAAACAUUUAAAACCAUUGUUAAAGAUAUCUUAGAAGAAAGUGAAAGGUGCUUAGUCAUUUUGGAUUGUAGUUAUGAAUCUGAUUGUAGGAAACACUUUAAAAAGCACACUGUAAUCCAGGUGCUUGAAUCUAUCAAGUUUCGUGACCAAACUUGCGGGAAAAGACCUCUAACUUUAUACGUGAAGCCUAAUCAAGUGAAUAAACUUACUUUAAAACAUGAAGGGAUAGAAAAUGUUCUACAGAAAAGAACUGCACGUAUUAUUCAAAACAUGCUUUGCAAGUCAGUUAAAAAGGUCGGUCAAAAAAGUAUUUCGUUGACUUUUGAGCGCAUCGCCUUUGAAGAUAUUUCAACGAAAGUCAAAUUGACUUCUGUUUCCGAAAUACCAUUACUUAAACUGCAUGAGUGCGUGUUUACGCCAGAAACCGGCAACAGUGUGCGAUCUAUUGCAAUAACUUCAAACAAUACAAAUAUUUCUCAUUAUCUAGAUCAAAUAAAAGAAAUCGCCUAUCCCUUACUCCGAAAUAAUACAAAUACAGUCAGGUUCACAUCAUCAGAAAUAAUAGCUGGGAAAAAGUAUUUCUGUAUAAGUUUAAGUUCGGCGAAAAUGGAUAGCUUGGCACGAGAUUUCUUCGGAAAACCAUUGCAAAAUUGUAGCAAGGCAACUAUUCACGCAUUGCUUACUUUUGAAAUGGCAAAAAUACUGAUGUUAUCAGGAUGUGAUAUCAACGAUUACAGCCUAGCAAAUGAAGACGAUAAAUCGCUUAUUCUUAGCAGCAUCAGGUAUGGUCUUCUCAUGUCAAACUCAAAUUAUGUAAAUGUAUACCCGGCUGAAUGCCAUCUUGAAAAACAAUAUUCAAAUGAUGUUGUUUUUGUUUGUUUCAUGAAAGACAAUUUUGAUAUUGACAAAGAACGUGCAUUUGGGAAAUAUCGAGGUUUUCGAACUUUUCAAAGAAGUUAUAAUGACGUUUCAUCGGAGACUUUGACUGCAGAAUCAUCAUACGAAUCAGAUUAUUCCAUGGACGAAGAGCAGAAAAAAUGCAUUGAGGAAACUGUAGCUUCUAAUGCCGAUAAGCUAAUGGAAGAACAUAGUAAUUUAGAAAUGAUAAGUGUCAGCAUGGGAAGAAUAAAAGAUGACAAACUUUAUGUAAAUAAUAGUCCACAUAUAGUGUUGUAUGUCAGGCUUAAAUCCUUCAUUCCAAAAGGUGAAACAAUUUUCCCAACUAAGUUAAAGCAUCCCCAUAAAUCGAUCGAGUUUCCGGUGGAUGUAAGAGAGGGAUACUUUAAAGCUUUAUCAGAUACUGUUCCUGCGGCGGGAUACCAGUCUCUUCCUACUGUCAAACUCAGUAACUUGGUAAUGGGAUGUUCUAUAGGAAUUAAGGGAAACCGAGGUAGCGGUACAGUAGGGCCUUUUGUACAGAUUGAAUACGGAAACGAUGAUUCAAAAAACACAGGUACAGGUUUUUUGACAGCUUGUCACGUUUUUGGCGGUCCUUCGAGAGUCCAAGGCAUUUUAGGUACUCUAGUAGUUCAACCGUCUGAUGGAGAUGAGCUCUUUGUCAAUGUUUCUGCUCAAAGAAAGGAAUGUGACUUAACAGACGACAAAGUAUGUGGUAAAGUUGUUGCGUGUGCUUAUACGUCUGAGGUUGAUGUUGCCCUUGUGAAAAUAACUAGACGACACCCACUUAAAGGGGACUUUAUAUCCUGUGCAUACGGAGAUUAUUUAAAUGCAGAAUUGAGGAAUGAACUAAAAUACGAAGAUGGUUCUAUCUCGGAUCCAAAUGCCGCCUGUAACAAAAAGAUUUUAAAAGUUGGAAAAAGGACGUUACUCACCUCAGGAGAAUGUUCAAUACAAGCUGAUGUGGUUAAAAUAUAUGAUAUUGAUAACUUAAUCAUCACUGAUCCUCAUACGGAAAUAAGAGAGCAGGUUGUCAUGAAGAACAUGUUUCAUUUCGGCCCCUCUGAGAUCCACCCUUGGAUCCCAGAUGUUUGUGAUGCUGGUGACUCUGGCGCAGGGGUGUUUCUUGUAGAUGAAAAUGAAAAACUUUCGUGCAUUGGAAUGGCCAUAGGAAGGAUGGAAAGAAAGUGCGUUGUAACACCAAUAAAAACAAUACUUGAAAAUCUUUCGACUACCCGUCAUAAAAUCCCUAAAUACGAAAAUUUAAAAGUAACGAUGAAAAAGUUUGAUGAAUAA